AUGUCAUUACUUUAUAUCGAUUCUACUACUAACUAUCAACAUUUUUUUCAUACUUUAUACAGUCAAAGUGAUGAUUAUCCUGUACAUAUUGAUGAUUUCUAUCGUCAUAAAUAUAGUCUUUUAACAAACGGUUCAUUAUAUAUUGAUAAUAUUCAAUUAAACGAUAAUGAUACAUUUGAAUGUCGUUUAAUAUUAAUUGAUCGUGGUCUACUUGAUAUAAAAGAUAAAUAUUUUAUUACAUUUCGUGUUAAUGAACCACCGCGUUUUAUUAAUCUAUCAAAUUCAUUACAAAUAGCAUCACAUUAUUCAACAGUUAAUUUUAUUUGUCAAAUUUAUGGUGUGCCAGUUCCUGUAGUAACAUGGUAUAAAAUUCUUGAGAAAAAUAAACAAACAAUCGAUAGUGAAGAUUUAGAAUUACUUUCAAUUAAUAAUCAACAGCAUACUAUUCAUAAUGUUGAUGAUCGUAUGGCAGGAAAGUAUCGAUGUAUAGGAAAAAAUCGUCUUGCUACAAUACAAAAUGACUUUCAACUUCUUAUACGUGGUUCGAUUUAUUGGCGACGAUUUCCAGAAAGUCAAACUGUUAGAAUCAAUAGUAGUUUGUCACUAAAAUGUGAAGGUGAAAGUAGUGAACCAUUACAGUAUCAUUGGCUAAAAGAUGAUGUUCUUAUAUCUGAUAUAAUUGCAUCACAAGAUCGUAUACGAACUUAUAGUGAUGGUGUUCUUACUAUAAAUCAUAUUCAACCAUCUGAUUAUGGUUUAUAUGUAUGUGUAAUAAGUAUAUUAAAUUCAGCAAGUGUUCGUAGUAAACCCGCAAUUAUUACAGUUAAAUAUCCACCAAUGCCAUCACGUACUCGUCAAAUAAAAAAUUUAACAUUAAUUCGAGGUUCAACAGGUAUAUGUCCAUGUUUACUUGAUUCAUAUCCACCAAUUCAAUCUGUUGCUUGGUAUCGAAAUGGAUUAUCUAUACGUAUUGAACCAAAAGGUGGUGCAUAUUCUAUUAAUGCUGAAUAUAGUUUAGUAAUAAAAUCUGUUGAAGAUAUUGAUGAUGGUAAAUAUUUUUGUCGUGCACAAAAUUCCGAAGGAUUUGGUCAUGAUAGUACAACAUUUUAUGUUGAAACAAUAGAACCAAUUAAAUUUCUUUUACAACCAAAAUCAAUUUAUCAUACUAAUGAACAAGAUCAAUUAAUAUUACCAUGUGUUGCUUUUGGUAAUCCACAACCAAAAAUUAAAUGGUUUAAAAAUUCAAAUGAAUUGAAGGAAGUUAAAGAGAAUUUAACAUUCGAAUAUAUUGAUAAAACAGAUCAUGGUGUAUAUGUAUGUCAAGCAGCAAAUGAACAUACAACAACUAAUAUUACAUCAUUGCUUAUUGUUGAAAAUACAACAACACAAGCACCUCAUAAUAUUCAAAACAAACAAAUAUCGUCGAAUGUUUUUAUUUCUUGGAAACUACGUUAUGAUAGUGGACCAUCUCAAUAUAUUUUUAUUUGCUAUCAAAUAUUACAUACAAGAAAACGUGAUUGA